GGCCUCACACAAGCACAAGGACCCCCAGCUUGUGAGACCUGCCCGUUAUGCAAGGAGGCUCUUCCACCCCAACCGGAUAGGGUUCCGGACAGUCCCCCAAAGCCCACUCUUGCUCUACUGCACUGCUGCUUGGAAGAUUGCGCAAAACCAUCUGCCGCAAGUUGUCAAGAGAGACAGCAAAAGACAAGACGAGAAAACCCCCCGGCGGCAAUGCUUCGUGCGUCUUCCGGGAGUUUUCGUGCUCGCUCGCCUUGGAGGCCCGUGUGAUCCUGGGAUCGACGAGACAGGCACCCGGGCUUGCCCACAUGGUUAAACCAGGCAUGGGGAAUGUGCGAGUAUGGACAUGUAUCUGCUGGCUGAUCCAUCGGGGGCCGGCUCUGCGGCCGAAUAAGGGACCUUGGAAGUUUGGGGAUUUCGUCGAAUAGGCGUUGACGAUGGCUCUAUCAAUGCCCUAUUGGGAUGCCUUGUUUCCUCGCAAACUUCGUAUUCAAAGUCAUAUGCAGGCCGCUGGUGCUGAAGCGAAAGACCAAAAAAACAACUUCCAACCAAAGCUCAAUGCAAAGGCACAGGGGCAGAAAGGAAGAAAAGCAGGCAACAUGCAUGAAGAGCCACUUUCAGAAGAGAGAGAGAAAAGAGAGAAAAAAAAGGCAAAGGCAAACCAAACUGGACGAUUCUGUCAUGUUGCAUCUUAUCCUGUGCUGAGGUUUUCCCCUCUUCUCUUCUCUCUCCUUUUUUCCUCCUCCUCUUCGUUCUCUCCAGCCCACGUACAUACCUGUAUUCACUCCCUAUUGCCCGAGUUUGGGAUUUGUGCGGUCCUCGACUUGGGACGAAAACGCCCAUUCACCCACCUGGGCCCAGCUAUUCAAGUGCCUGACAAUGCCCCGGUUUCCCCAGAGUGAAUGAUUUGUGAAUUUUCUUCUCUCUCAAACACCCGCUCGUCUAUUUAUUUACCCACGCAUCCCCCCCGGCGUUUGUUUUCUUCUUUGCACUCUCUUCUGUUUGACAACAUUCAUCAACGAUCCUAUCUGUACGCAUAUUUUGUAUUUGCUUCAUCCCCUUCGCUGCCUUUGGCUUGUUUAGCUCUUUGUCACUAAAAGUUUGUGCUUCCUCUCCUUCUCGCAGCUCCGUUUGCCAUUCUGCAUCAUUCACUGAGCCCGCGUUCUGGAGCCUUCUAGGGUUCAAAUAGACCUGGUUAUAGCCCCCAUGAAGACUUGAUAGCUACAUCUAUCCUCUUGCUCAGCACCCUCGAUUCUUGACGCAAACGCAUCCUGCUUCUCUCAGUCAUCAGGCCUCUUGUCUUCGAUCCCGUCUCUAGUCAUGGGU